AUGGCCAGUUCAUCAGAGAGCUCUGACAAGCUGAGGGAAUUCGAAAGUCUUAGGGACUUUGACUACCAGGAAUCAGAAAUGAUAGUGCGAAGCAUCCUUGAUGGUAUAUUGGACAAGGUUUGCAGAUUUUUCUCUGCUACCGAGUACAGCGUUGGCAAAGAACAGUCAGUUCUACUGCAAGCUUCAGACAACAGAAUCAAAGCACAAAAGGAUUUGUACCAAGAGCAAAGAAUAACAGCCAAAAAGAUAUUCCGCAGAGUUGCUCGGGAAACUGUACGGGACUUAAUAAUACAUGCAACUAAACAGGCUACCACAAGCCCAAACAAAGGACAGUCAGCUAUUCCCCCAUUCAGAUUUGCAAAUUAUGACACACAGAAAUUGAAAAUACAAAAGGUCAAGGUCAUGAUUGGCUCGGAGAUUGUCCACUACUCACUCACCUUUUCGACCAGACGUGCAACAUGUGCUGAAGUAGCGAGCAUGGCGACACAGAGGUCUCUUGAAGACCACUGGAAAAUGAUUCCAAAGCCAUUGUACAAAGCUCCAGAGAAAACUGUUCCUGAUCCUACGAUCCGAGCUCCACCUGACUGUAAUAUUCCUGGCACUGCGACUUUCCCAGACCCAGAUAACAGGAAUGAAAUGGAGGACGAUCCCGAGCCAAAAGGCUGGAGAAGGUUAUUGUGUUGUGGCAAUCCACAGAAAAAACAGCAGAAGAAAGAGAAGAAGGAGAAAACUGGAUUUCUGAGCAGAUUACUCCGCUUCUUUAAACGUUGAUAAAUUAUAUUUUAUUAUUGUGUGAAUGUUCUUGUUUCUCCUUUAAGAGUCUGAAGAAUACCUUUCACUGAAUCAUAAGUUAUACUAUUUCAUAUGGAUUAGAAAAUUAACUUUUUAUGACCAUCAUUAU